CACUUUAAGACGACGCGUCUUACGCGUCACUUGCGAGGAUUUCCGGCUUUCGUUCCCACGAGUUCCACCCACCAUCAAUCAUCAGCCGCCCUUCGACAGCGAAAGGUUGCCAUCCGAAGUCGAUAGACCCUGAAUAGCCAGUUUUACACACCUCCAGCGAACUAAGGUAGUCAGCAUGACAGUAUCAGAGAGCGAUCCGCCAACUGUGGCGCCUGCAGCAACCCCGCGAUCCAACACUCGACACGAAGAAUACCAGUUCCUGGACCUAGUGCGCGAGAUUCUGGACGAGGGAGAGCUCCGUCAGGACCGAACCGGCACCGGCACCUACUCCAUCUUCGCCCCGCGGCCCCUCAAAUUCUCGCUCAACCGCGACGGCACGCCGAUCCUCCCGCUCCUGACGACAAAACGCGUCUUCACCAAAGCCAUCAUCGCCGAGCUCCUGUGGUUCAUCUCGGGCGACACGUCGUCGCAUACGCUGUCGUCGCAGGGCGUCAGGAUCUGGGACGGCAACGGGUCGCGCGAAUUCCUCGACAGCCUGGGCCUGACGGACCGCGAAGUCGGCGACCUCGGCCCCGUGUACGGCUUCCAAUGGCGGCACUUCGGGGCGCAGUACGUCGACGCCAAGACCGACUAUACGGGGCAAGGGGUCGAUCAGCUGGCGCGGAUCGUGCACACGCUGCGGACCAACCCCUUCGACCGGCGGCUGGUGCUGAGUGCGUGGAACCCAGCCGACAUGGCCAAGAUGGUGCUGCCGCCGUGCCACAUGUUUGCGCAGUUCUACGUCUCCUACCCCGGGUCCUCCCGGUCCCGGUCUCGUCAACAACAACAACAACAACAACCCCAACCAUCCUCACCCUCUGACAGCAACAACGAACCAACACUACCAACAACACAAACAACAACAACAACAACCACCACAAUCCCUGAGCAAGCAACAGUCAAAGGCCACCUGCACUGCCAGCUGUACCAACGGUCGUGCGACAUGGGCCUCGGAGUGCCGUUCAACAUCGCCAGCUACGCGCUGCUGACGCACAUGCUGGCGCACGUGUGCGACCUGGUCCCGGGGAGCCUGACCCACGUCAUGGGCGACGCCCACGUCUACCUGAACCACGUGGACGCGCUGCAGACGCAGCUCGAGCGGGAGCCGCGGGAUUUCCCGGAGCUGGAGAUCAAGAGGGAGAAAGGGGGCAGCAUUGACGGGUGGAAGGCGGAGGACUUUGUGAUUAAGGGGUAUAAUCCGCAUAAGACUAUCAGUAUGGAGAUGUCGGUUUGAUAAAGGGUGGUAAACUGAUGAUGGAGGGGCGGCGAGGGGGAAGGGCGCUGUGGUGAUUGACUUGUGGGGAUGACGGGUGGAUGAAGUGGCGUUUUAUACUGGAUAGAUAUAUCUGCUUGGUAUGUGGAUGGAUGAAGUUCAGGUCGGGAUAGAGCUGGCCAUGGUGAAUGUCCGAAAGACGUUUGCUGCGGCUUCCAACUGGUGAAGGCAUCAGUGAAGAGCAUUUAUUCCAAACUGCGGACCUCGAGAAGUGUGCACGGCGAGGUGUCAGUCAACUCACCUCAGUCCCGCCGCAACUGACUCGUGACCAUUGCUGGUGUUCUGUUUGUUACUUCUCAUCCUGCAAGCUCUUCAUCACAGGUCUCCCUCAUUGCCCGGCAUGUUUGAGAAGGCAGUGCAGCAAGAUGUGUAUUCGUAGCCAUGGGUCGUCCACAGACCCAUCAGUCUAUGCCUUGUUGGCUACGGCAUCUAAG